AUGUCAAUGUUCGUUUUAUCAUGUGGUUGUUAGUUCGUUUUAUCAUGUCGUUGUUAGUUCGUUUUAUCAUGUCGUUGUCGUUUUAUCAUGUCGUUGUCGUUUUAUCAUGUCGUUGUUAGGUCGUUUUAUCAUGUCGUUGUUAGUUCGUUUUAUCAUGUCGUUAAGAAGUCAAGGUUCAGAAACGCAUUAGCCCCAUGGGAAACUUUCAUCCUAGUUACAAUUUGA